AUGCUGGACGUAGUCAUUGUCGGAGCAGGCAUCGCCGGCCUCUCGGCCGGCAUCUCGCUACGCCGUGCGGGCCACGUUGUGCGCAUCUACGAGCGAUCCGAUAUGGACAAUGAGGUCGGCGCCGCCAUCAACGUCCCUCCCAACGCGACGCGGUUUCUCACACGAUGGGGUCUCGACCCCGAGGCUUCCGGCUUCGUCAAGGCCGGGCCAGUCCAUUUCCAGGAUCCCGUCACGAUGGAGAUCACGUCGACGCUAUCGCACGCCGACAACGAGGAAUUCUACGACGCCGAUCUCUGGUACGCCCACCGCGUGGAUCUGCACGAUAGCCUCAAGAGGAUAGCGACCGAUCCUGCAGGCCCGGGCGUUCCCGUCACCAUCCAUCCCAACUCGUGGGUUGUGGGAUACAAACCUGAGUUGCCGGCUGUGCACCUCCAAGAUGGUGAUCAGAUUGAGUGCGACCUGGUCGUUGGUGCAGAUGGAAUUCAUUCUAUUGCCGCUCAGACUGUUCUCGGCCACGAGAAUCCUGCCGUGGCGCCUCUUCUUCAUAACUGCUGCUACCGGUUCUUGGUUCCCGCCGAAGUUCUCGAGGAAGAUUCUGAGACCAAAUUUUGGAACAAGGACGCCAAUGGACUUAUCCGUCUCUUCCCCGACAACAAGACCAACAGGAGGCUAGUAUCAUACCCAUGCCGCAAGUAA